AUGCUACAAAAUCCUUCGCAUUUGGAGGCCGUAAACCCAGUUGCUAUGGGCCAAGCCCGAGCAAAGCAAUACUCGUUGAUCAAAGAGUCGGGCAAUGAUUGUAUGCUUGGGGAUAAAGUUAUAUGUGUUCAGUUGCAUGGCGACGCUGCUUUUACCGGGCAAGGUGUAAUCAUGGAAGGCUUGGGUUUAAGUAAUCUGCCACAUUACACGAGUGGAGGGAGCGUGCAUUUAGUCGUAAACAACAAUAUCGGAUACACAACACCCGCAGCCAACGCGCGUUCGACGUUGUACUGCUCCGACAUCGGUAAAAUGAUCAACGCUCCGGUCCUUCAUGUCAACGGCGACCAUCCCGAAGAUGUUUACCGUGCACUGAAGAUCGCCUUCGAAUACCGCAACUUCUUCCGUAAGGACGUGAUAGUGGAUCUCAUUACGUACAGAAGAUGGGGACAUAACGAACUUGAUGAGCCCGCCUUCACUCAACCCCAAAUGUACCAUAAAAUCAGGACACGGCAGUCAGUGCCACAGAUCUACGAGCAGAAGUUAAUCAAUGAAGGGCUUUUGUCUGAAGAUCAGGCAGCUGCCAGUCGAGCCGCAUACAAGCAGCACCUCGACAAGGAGCUUACGAAGGCUGAUACUUAUCAGCCACAAGCAGACAUGCUUCGUGGAAAGUGGUCCGGGAUCGUCUGGCCAGGCGACUCCACAAAGGUUGAUCACAAUCCUAAGACUGGGGUCGAUUCAAAGAAGCUUGUAGAAAUUGGUAAGACGAGUGUCGCAGUCCCAGUGGGAUUUGCGACCCACCCGAGGCUACAACGGCAUAUCAAGCAUCGUAUCACAAGCCUCGAGUCAGGUCAGGGCAUUGACUGGGGAACUGCGGAGGCGCUCGCUUGGGGGUCGCUCAUGCUGGAAGGGUUUGAUGUGCGCAUUUCAGGUCAAGAUGUCGGUCGCGGCACGUUUAGUCACCGCCAUGCGAUGCUCGUUGACCAACAAACGGAACGCGUUACGGUUCCACUUAACACACUUGAGACCGAGAAGAAGCUUGAGCUUGCGAACAGCUCCUUGUCGGAGAUGGCAAUUCUGGGUUUUGAAUAUGGAUUGAGCUGGGACUCUCCCAAUCGCGGCCUGGUUAUGCUAUUGCCCCAUGGUCUGGAUGGAGCAGGCCCGGAACAUUCCAGCGCGCGUAUCGAGCGAUUCCUACAGCUCACUAACGAUGCAUACGAGUUUGAUCCACAACUCAACAUCAACAUGCAUGUCAUGCUACGCAACUAUCGCAAGCCUCUCAUUGUUGCCGCGCCCAAGGGAUUGCUACGAUCUCCAUCCGCAGCGUGUGCGAUUGCUGACAUGGAUAUCGGGACGGAGUUCCAGAGAGUUCUAGCUGACCCUAGUGUGGCGCCCGGAUCUACUGUGAGCCGUGUGUUGGUAGUCUCCGGCAAGAUAUACUACGACCUGGUCCGAGAAAGGAAAGAUCGAGGGCUGGAGAAUGUACCGAUCGUACGAAUCGAAGAAAUAGCGCCGUUCCCAUUUGAUGUCCUGGAGGGUGUUCUCCAAGGCUACGUCAGCGAGAACACCGAGGUUCUAUGGGUUCAAGAAGAAGCAAGAAACCAAGGUCCUUGGGCUCACGUCGAGGGGCGGAUUAACGAGGUCCUGAAAAAAGUGAACGCUGGUUCUCGUGUCAGAUAUGUAGGCGGCGUGAAAGCCCUGUACCCGCCGUUGGGGUUGGAAGCUGGCACAAAGCAGAGAGUGCCAAGCUCUUCAAUGAUGUUUUUGCUUAGAUGA